UGAUACUCUGUGUGUCUGUACUUAGUCUGGGACGGUGUUCAAUUUAUUUAAAAGGCGAUGUACAAUCAUAUUUAAGUUCAUACUGCAUCACAUUUCAAUCGAUGAGUUCACAAUACACGCCACAUACCUUUAAAAAAGUCAUACACAUGUAUGUAUAUAGUAGAGAAAUUUAGGAGCGUUAUGCACAACAUCAAUAUGGUGGAAUCAGUGCUCCCCGUUGGGCCGUAUGGACAUGGAAAUGGCUUGUGGGAAUAUAACUCACGUCGUGACAUGCAGGAGGUUAUUCCGGGUGUUUUCCUAGGACCAUACUCGUGUGCUCUGCGUCAGAAUGUCGAGCGAUUAGAGCGGUGUAAUGUGACGCAUGUGGUGUGCAUUCGGCACACCAAAGAAGCGUGUGUGAUACGACCGAACUCACCAGACAGGUUCAAGUAUCUGGUUUUGACCGUCGCGGAUGACCCGGAGGAGAACAUCAUCCACCACUUCCCUGUGUUCCGUGAUUUCAUAAACGAAGCCCAACGCAACGGCACAAAAGCGCUGGUGCAUGGUAACGCAGGGAUCUCACGCAGUGCGGCAUUGGUGAUUGCGUAUGGGAUGGAGUACUACAACACAUCGUUCGAAGACGCCUUCAAGGUCAUCCAGUCGUACAGAUUCUGCAUACACCCCAGCGAAGCCUUCUGCUACCAACUCAAGGAGUACGAGAAUAUAUAUAAGGCGAGGGCAAGUCAGGGCAACGGACGGAUACAAAGCAGCAGAAAGAGGCAAAACCGCGAAGAUGCCGAUGACGGGGAUAGAGGCAACGGUCAAACUAUGCUGAUGUGAGCAACCUUCUCACUUACAACCACGGCACACCAACACGUACAAAGCUUAUAAUAACGACUCACCAACAGAUACAAAGGCUAUAAUAAUAUAAUAAUGGCUCACCAACACAUACAAAGGUUAUAAUAAUGGCACACACAUGUGCACAGUGCUCGACAGGCUAGGAGCACAAAAGCAGACUUAAAAAGAACGCCAAUCAAAGGACAUACCAACGCACACCAUAUACGUACGACUCUGUACCCUAAAUGAAGGCACACACAGGCGCAACGUGUAGAAGAGACGAUCAAGAAUCAUUUAAAGUUAAGUUGGCGAUCACGUAACAUGUAGAGACGGGGGCGAUCGAAAGGUAUACUGCUGCGCGGCAGACUGGACCAUGGCCUAUGGGUAACGCAGUUGGUCGGGUGCAGUGUGGGCUAUUGCAAUGCAUUUCUUACGGCCGAACCAUAAGCCGUACAGGUCCAUGUGAUAGCCCCAGCACACUUGCUCAAAUGUACGGAGGGUUGUGUUGCACGAGGCCAUCACUCCAGCUCAGGCGUGUGGAGGGUUUUGGUUGCACAAGACGGAUGUCCUGUCUUCGCAGCGGGAGACUUGGCGAUUGUAUCCAGCCACUCGCACUACAACAGAAACAGACCUGAUUUUAGUCAACAUCAGAAAACAGACUGAUUUUGGUCUACAAUAGCAAACAGACAUGAUUUUGGUCACCGGGUGCAUGAGCUAGCUCGCGUUAAGCAGUGGCGAAGUGGUAUAGGGUUCUGAUUUCCGUUCCCCGCCCCCACCAGACGGUAUGCGGCCAACUCUGGGUUCAAAUGCAGCCAACUCUGGGUUCAAAUGCAGCCAACUCUGGGUUUAAAUACAGCCAACUCUGGGUUUAAAUGCAGCCAACUCUGGGUUUAUAUGCAGCCAGCUCGGGGGGUUUACCGCAUCAUCAGCGAGUGCGAGACCUGAUUUGGGUUUCUGGAGGGACGUCUAAUUGUCAAUAGUUUGGCAGCGGUCUGUCGGCAUCCGCGAUGUAUUGCGACUAGUACACUAUCAUGUCAUAGCUUUGAUUGAGACUCAUGAGACAAUGCCACAUUAAGGCAAAGCACAGCGCUGUAUUAGUGCUACAUUGCACUUUCGAAUUUUUGAUUGAUUACUAGUAAGCCAACUCUCAAAAAAACUUCAGACAUGCAUAUAUUAUAGUCAUACAAUGGUCCGUCAGAGAUUGUAUGACUAACUGAAAUAAUGUACAGCUCAUUCGAUACUGUUGGGGCUGCAAAUGAACGGAACAGCUUUGAACAACUUUAGCUUUGGAGGUUAUAUGACUUAACAUCGAAGAAAAAAAAUUACAACUCAUUGGAUACUGUCUACUCACUACACAGCAUUGCAGUUGUGUGUCUCUGCCAUAAUAUUUACUUAAAUACGUUUAAUGUGUA